AUGGCUGAUAGAGUCACGUACGACUGGAAGCUCACCUCGCGCUCCGUCUCUUUGCCGUUUCGCCUGUUUGGCAAGCGAUUCUCGGCUGGGGUUUGGAUCCGACGAACAGAGGACAAGGUGGCCCGCGAUGCACGCAAAUACGAGUACCAGGCCCUCCCGGAGGGACGUUGCAUCCGCGUCCUCAAGCUCCAUGCUGGGGUCGGGAAUGAGCCCCUGUAUGGUACUCUCUCCAAUUUGGCUCUGACAGACGACGCCGAAUACGAAGCACUCUCCUACGUCUGGGGCGCCAAUAUGAACGCAAACAUCAUCUUCUGCCAGGAUAAUCGGAUUCUGAGGCUGGGCGAAAACCUAACUGAUGCGCUGUACUCGCUGCGACACAAGAAGAAGGACAGAGUCCUCUGGAUUGAUGCCUUGUGUAUCGAUCAAGAGAAUCUGGAGGAAAAGUCGAGCCAAAUUCCGCUGAUGGCUGAAAUCUAUGCCAUGGCCAGCUCAGUCAUCGUCUGGCUCGGCAGGCCGACGGCGCACUCGCAAACCGGGCUGGAUAUUCUCGCUUUUCUCGCCGGCAGUGACAAGUUCGACGACAACGCGCCCUGGAACCGCAUGGAGAUCCAAGACGUGACCGCCGCAAUCAGGGACAUCAUUGACCGGUACUACUUCCAGCGUCUUUGGGUCGUGCAAGAGGCCGCUCUCGCGCGGCGCGUCGGGUUGAACGUCGGACACCUGAUGUUCGAGUGGACGGGCGGGUUGGCUACGCGCAGAUUCCUGGCACGCAUUAAGCUGGCAGAGCUGUCGCCCACCUGGCAAAAGUCGGGUCUGAAGGAGAUCGAUUUCCGACCUCUGCGCGAGUUGUUGGAGCAAAGUCUCGCCGCCGAGUCGAGGCGCAACGGCCGCCUCGAGCUCCCUUCACUGCUGGAUGUUGCGCACUCGAUCCGCAACAGGCAGGUUACAGACCAUCGCGACCGCAUCUACGGUGUUAUGAGUCUCGUUACGCCGGCUCAAGUGGCGGGGUUUGUGCCGGAUUACUCGAAAUCUUGGGAAGAGACAUACCUACAAUUCUACGACUUGGUUGAGAGACAAGUUUUGGAGGAUCCAACAAUCACACUACAGGAUGUUCUGAAGCAUGAACGAGGCGAGUCGGCCUCGGCCUAG